UCUCCGCCCAUAGGUGGAGCAGUUUGCGAAACCUGGGGGCGCCGCUGCAAGCUUUCAGCGAGAGAGGAGGAAGCAGUGGAGGGGCCCUUGGCACCUUCCCAGCCUGCGCCCAGAUGCUGCGAGCCCUGACCGGUGCCCUGCGCCUUCCACGCCCCUGGAGACCCCUACAGACCCGCAGCUGCGCCUCCGAUGGGGCGGCUGGGGACCCGGAGAUCCAAGUGCGCGUCCUGGCAGGUCCAGACCAAGGAAUCACGGAGAUCCUGAUGAACAGACCAAGUGCCCGUAAUGCCCUGGGGAAUGUCUUGGUCCGUGAGCUUCUGGAAGCUCUGGCCCGGCUGCGGGAGGACCAGCAAGUACGCGUUCUGCUAUUCAGAAGUGGAGUGAAGGGUGUGUUCUGUGCAGGUGCAGACCUGAAGGAGCGGGAGCAGAUGAGUGAGGCGGAAGUGGGGAUCUUUGUCCAGCGGCUCCGAGGCCUGAUGAAUGAGAUUGCCUUCCCGGCACCCACUAUUGCGGCUAUGGACGGGUUUGCCUUGGGUGGAGGCCUGGAACUUGCCCUGGCCUGUGAUCUCCGAGUAGCAGCAGCUUCCUCGGCUGUCAUGGGGCUGAUUGAGACCACCCGAGGGCUCCUCCCAGGAGCAGGAGGGACUCAGAGGCUGCCUCGAUGUCUAGGGGUGGCCCUGGCAAAGGAGCUCAUCUUCACAGGCCGAAGACUGAGUGGUGCACAGGCUCAAGCCCUGGGGUUGGUGAACCACACUGUUCCCCAGAAUGAGGAGGGCAAUGCUGCCUACCACCGGGCAAGAGCGCUGGCCCAGGAGAUCCUGCCCCAGGCACCCAUUGCUGUGCGGCUGGGCAAAGUAGCCAUUGACAGAGGAAUGGAUGUGGACAUCGCAUCAGGGAUGGCCAUUGAAGGGAUAUGCUAUGCCCAGAACAUCCCCACCCAGGACCGGCUAGAGGGCAUGGCAGCCUUCAGGGAGAAGCGGCCCCCCAGAUUUGUUGGCAAAUGACUCCCAUUUAAGUAUGGGAGAUGCAAGCCAUCAAGGGCAAGAUCCACAAGGACAAUGAUAGAUAUAAAACAACUGGCAUGGUGUCUGAUACCAAGGUACUGACCAUGCCACUGACUGCUACCUUCAUUAUUCCUUAUCCUGGGGCUAGAUGACCACUGGGGUCAAGUUAGCUUUGGAGAAUAUCUGUCUCUCCCUAUUUGAAUGGUAAACUAAGGAUUAAAAUAGACCACUCUGGGUCUUUAUAUUAUUGACUCUCAGGCCUGGCCUGACCUCUGCCACUCAAUUAUCGGGUGCUCACCAGAGACAGCAAAAGGUUGUAAGAACCCUCCAGUUUCUUCCUCCAUACAAUAGGGAUAAUAUGGAAACCCUGGUCAUGGUAGAACAGGCAUCAGGAAUCAGACUGCAGAUCCCAGCUCUCCUAGUUAUUCAUGGUGUGCCUCAGCUUCUUCAGCCGCAAAAUGAAACUGUUAAAAACAAAAAAGCCUAUGCCUCAUGUUCAAUAAAUGUGAGUUAUUAUUACUGUACAAUGCUCUUGUGAGAACCGAAUGAAAUCAUCACUGUGAAAACUUUUUGUAAACUAUAGGGUGGCAGGCAAUCUUUGAUGGCUGCAGUACACAGUGCUCUCAGGAGCACUGAGAAGGGAGCAGGUUAAGUCUGAAGGAGAGAAUGGAGGGUCAGGAAAUGGUCAGGUAACACUGGAGUGAAGCCUGAACGUUCAAUAGGCAUUUGAGGCAAAGAAAGGAAGGGUAAGGGAAACAGCAUGAGGGAAAGUGAGCAAGAGGAUGACACACUUAGAAAUGAUGGUGGCUGAUAAACACAUAUGCACACUAAGCCUCAUAGCCCUGCUCCUGUACCAAGGUAGGAAAAGAGAAGGCUGCAUCUUAAGCUGUGGCCUUAUGAUCAUUCUUUAACUCAUCUCAGCUUCCCCAGCUUAGGGCUGGUCUAGAGAUACUAAGCCAAGGGCAUGGAUACAUACCAGUAACAUUGUCAAUGUGCUGCUAAAUACAAGUGUGCCCAAGCCUGUGCUCAUUUCCUGGAAGGAAUAGUAACAGAGCCCAGGCCUUAGAAUCAGAAAGAACCACAUUAGCUGGAGCCACGCAUUCCUUGUAACUACUCAGUAAAGUAACAAUGUUACUUAACCUCCUUUUUCUCAUCUGUUAAAUGGGGGAGAAUACAACUUAUCUAUAUCAAAGGACUAUCAUGAAUGAAACAAAGUUCAGAGGGCUGCCUCAACAGGCACUAGUUCUUACUUACCACAUCCUCGUAUCAGUAAGAGUUAGUAUCUGGCAACAGAAUGUUCUAAAAUACUGGAACCCAGGUCAGGAACUGAAGACAGCCUUUUGGAAUCAUGCAAAAAAGUGAAUACAAGAAAAUACAGUGCAGUUUCAGAACUGUGGAAGUAAAGAGAUUACAAAUUCUCCUUAUCUUGCUCACUGGUGAGCAAGAAUUUUGAAUAUGAUUUAGAGUAAGGAUAAGCCUCAUUUGAUUCCAAAAGACAGUACACAGAACUCCAGUAAGAAUCGGGCCAGUUCGGAGUGCUAAGCGACCAGCUUUUGAUAUGGGCUCGGGUCAUGAUCUUGUGGUUUGUGGGUUCAAGCCCCACGUCAGGCUCUGCACUGACAGCAAGGAAUCUGCUUGGGAUUCUCUCUCCCUCUCUCAAAAAAUAAAAAAUAAAUUAAAAAAAAAAA